CCCCUCCAAUGCCACCCAUUGUACUACAUCCUCCUAUGCCACACCCCAUGGUUGAUACUGCACACCCACUCUCAAGAAGGAAUUCGUUGUACAACACAAAUGACUUUUUUGUAGACCAAAUGAUGAAUCAAAACGAUGGCUCCAAUGUACCAACUACUUCAGACCCACCCAUACAUCCUUGGUUGGCGAUGGUCAAUAAUGGAUUUCCUCACUCACCUGGUAAUCCUAACUUGUUUAAUCCAGCCAUGAUGGGCAUCCCACCCGUAUUGAAUCCCAUGAUGCCUCCACCCCCGAUGUGGAAUAUGAUGAAUCUUACACAAGAUCCUUUAUGGAUAAACAAUGAGCCACCUUUUGUUAAUCCAAAUGAACUUAAUGAAACUGGGAAACAAUCACCUUCUGAACCAGCAGAACAAAGAAAUAUGGAAGAACCACCUCCUUCCCAACCGCCAGUAGAAAUGAUGAUGCCACCCCCUCCGCCUCCGCCUCCUCCAAUGCUUCGAAGAGGUCUCUCCAUGUUAGGUGGCUUAUUUACUAAUAAACGACAGCCUGAUUUCUAUAGCAAUGAAGAAUUUCAAUUCAAUCAAGCUAAAAAGGAAGCUAAAUUAGCCAAGGAAUAUGCCAAAUUAGGCACAUUUUAUUGUUGGCGUAAAUUAGAUGGUACAGAUGCCCAUUUUGAAUCCUUUAGUAUUCCGAAUCAAAAGAUCAUUAAGCGCAAAUUGGCCAAGAAUGCACCUUCACAAAUUAUGUUGGGCAAAGAAAAAAAGCUGCCAGGUGAAAUCAUGGUGGAUUUACAACAGAAUCGAGGAUGUUAUUUAGGUAAAAUUAAUGGUGAACAAUUCCUUGUUCAAUUGGAAAUCAAAGAAGAAACAUAUCAUCCUAGUCAUCAUUUUGUAUUUGCUACAGAAGGACAUGUUUAAUCAUCAUCAU